AUGCCUCGUCAACAACGCCGUGCCGCUCCCGCCCCUGUGCGAAGCGCUCCCACUCGCCCUACCGCUGCCCCUGCUCGACCAGCUCCCCAGCAACAGCAGCCUCACUCCACCGCUGCUCACCCCCAGCAACACCAGCAGCCCAUGCAGGCCCCUCCCCAGCAAAGCGCCGGCCCCGGCCUGUUCGGCCAAAUGGCAUCAACAGCUGCUGGUGUCGCCGUCGGCUCCUCCAUCGGCCACGCUAUCGGUGGUAUGUUCAGUGGUGGCGGCUCCAGCGCCCCAGCUGAGCCCCAGCAGGCAGCUCCCGCAGAGUCCCAGGCCAUGGACAACGGUCUGUUCCAGAGCAGCGCCACCCAGUCGUCCUGGGAGAACGGCCCUUGUGCCUCCAAUGUGCGCGAUUUCCGCAACUGCAUGGAUGAGAACCAAGGCAACAUGAGCAUUUGCGGCUGGUACAUGGACCAGCUCAAGGCUUGCCAGGCUGCUGCUAAGCCCUAUUAG